UGUUGUGGAGUGGAGUUGCUCCGUGGGGAGGACGCGGGGAUUGAGCCUCUUCACCCGGGGAAAUCCGUUCUCACACGCAGUCUAUGGGAUGGAAGGGGGGCCAGCGGCAGCAGCUGCAGUUGGCCCAUAUGUGCCACCUCUGCAACAGGUUUUCCAGGCACCACGACGACCAGGGAUAGGAACAAUAGGCAAGCCAAUUAAACUUCUAGCCAACUAUUUUGAAGUCGAUAUUCCAAAAAUCGAUGUUUACCAUUACGAGGUGGAUAUAAAGCCGGACAAAUGUCCAAGGAGAGUAAACAGGGAAGUGGUGGAAUACAUGGUUCAACAUUUCAAACCUCAGAUCUUCGGAGACCGAAAGCCAGUGUAUGAUGGGAAAAAGAAUAUUUAUACGGCAACACUACUGCCCAUUGGCCAGGAUAGGGUUGACUUUGAGGUGACCAUCCCCGGUGAAGGCAAAGAUCGGAUUUUUAAGGUUUCCAUUAAGUGGCUAGCAGUGGUGAGUUGGAGACUGCUGCAUGAAGCCCUCGUCAGCGGUCGAAUCCAAGUUCCAUUAGAUUCUGUUCAGGCACUGGAUGUAGCUAUGAGGCACCUGGCAUCAAUGAGGUAUACUCCUGUUGGUCGAUCUUUCUUCUCUCCACCUGAAGGUUACUAUCACCCACUGGGUGGAGGUAGAGAAGUCUGGUUUGGUUUCCAUCAGUCUGUUCGGCCUGCCAUGUGGAAAAUGAUGUUGAAUAUUGAUGUGUCAGCAACAGCUUUCUACAAAGCUCAGCCAGUGAUUGAGUUUAUGUGUGAAGUCCUUGACAUACGGAACAUUGAUGAGCAACCGAAACCUCUUACUGACUCGCAAAGAGUGCGUUUUACAAAAGAAAUUAAAGGUUUAAAAGUGGAGGUGACUCACUGCGGACAGAUGAAGAGGAAAUAUCGAGUGUGCAAUGUCACCCGGCGACCAGCCAGUCACCAGACGUUCCCCUUGCAGCUGGAAAGUGGACAGACUGUGGAGUGCACAGUAGCGCAGUAUUUCAAACAGAAAUACAAUCUUCAGCUAAAGUAUCCCCACCUACCCUGCCUACAGGUGGGACAGGAGCAGAAGCACACCUACCUGCCACUCGAGGUGUGUAACAUAGUUCCUGGGCAGCGAUGCAUCAAGAAACUUACGGACAAUCAGACGUCAACGAUGAUUAAAGCAACAGCACGGUCGGCACCUGACAGACAGGAAGAGAUCAGUCGACUGAUGAAGAAUGCCAGCUACAACCUUGAUCCUUACAUUCAGGAAUUUGGAAUAAAGGUGAAAGACGACAUGACUGAGGUUACAGGUCGAGUUUUGCCAGCACCAAUUUUACAAUAUGGUGGCCGGAACCGAGCAAUUGCUACUCCAAAUCAGGGAGUAUGGGAUAUGCGUGGCAAACAGUUCUACAAUGGGAUAGAAAUCAAAGUCUGGGCCAUCGCCUGCUUUGCACCACAGAAGCAAUGCCGGGAGGAGGUGCUGAAGAGUUUUACUGACCAGCUACGAAAGAUAUCCAAGGAUGCGGGGAUGCCCAUCCAGGGCCAGCCAUGCUUCUGUAAGUACGCACAAGGAGCUGACAGUGUGGAGCCGAUGUUCAGGCAUCUGAAAAACACCUAUUCAGGACUCCAGCUUGUCAUUGUCAUUCUACCUGGGAAAACACCAGUCUACGCUGAGGUGAAGCGAGUAGGUGAUACCCUCCUUGGAAUGGCCACUCAAUGUGUUCAGGUGAAAAAUGUCGUGAGGACGUCUCCUCAAACACUGUCUAACCUCUGCCUGAAAAUCAAUGUGAAAUUGGGUGGAAUCAACAACAUAUUGGUACCUCAUCAACGUUCGGCUGUGUUCCAGCAGCCUGUGAUCUUCUUGGGAGCAGAUGUCACACACCCACCAGCUGGAGAUGGCAAGAAACCCUCAAUAACAGCAGUAGUUGGCAGCAUGGAUGCCCAUCCAAGCCGUUACUGUGCCACAGUCCGUGUGCAGCGACCCCGUCAGGAAAUAAUUGAAGACCUUUCCUAUAUGGUUCGAGAACUUCUGAUCCAAUUUUACAAAUCUACCCGCUUCAAGCCAACGAGGAUUAUCUUCUAUAGGGAUGGCGUUCCUGAAGGGCAAUUGCCACAGAUAUUACACUACGAGCUCCUGGCUAUCCGUGAUGCAUGUAUCAAACUGGAAAAAGAUUAUCAGCCUGGAAUUACCUAUAUAGUUGUCCAGAAACGGCAUCACACACGGCUGUUCUGUGCAGAUAAGAGCGAGAGGAUUGGUAAAAGUGGGAACAUACCAGCAGGAACAACAGUUGAUACCAAUAUCACCCACCCAUUUGAGUUUGAUUUCUACCUGUGCAGUCAUGCUGGGAUUCAGGGCACCAGCAGACCUUCACAUUAUUACGUCUUGUGGGACGACAAUCGAUUCACUGCAGAUGAGCUUCAGAUCCUGACCUAUCAGCUAUGUCACACUUAUGUGAGGUGCACACGCUCUGUCUCCAUUCCAGCACCAGCCUAUUAUGCCAGAUUGGUGGCAUUCAGGGCAAGAUACCACCUGGUGGACAAAGAACAUGACAGUGGAGAAGGCAGCCAUAUCUCUGGACAGAGUAAUGGACGGGAUCCCCAGGCACUUGCUAAAGCCGUGCAGGUUCACCAGGACACCUUACGCACAAUGUACUUUGCUUAACUGUAUGAUAGUUCAGUCACCUCAACCUGCCAGCCUUCUGGACCAAAAGCAGCCAUACAAGAACAUUCGACCAUCUUCCACUGAUGUGUCUUGGAGGUUGGAAGGUGUCAACAUAUAUUUUACAACGAGUAGCUUUCAAUGAACUACUAAUGGAUGGGGAAAGACUGACCAAACAAAUUAUAGAAAAGAGGUCAAACUAUGCUACAUGAAGAAAACAGGUUUCACAUUCAAGUUUUAUUUUUUACACGUAUUUAUGCAAUAUAUUGAUAACUUUUUAAUGUAAAAUGCAAACGUUCACCACUGCCAAAUUCCUGUUAGUUUUUAGAGACACAUGGCUAAAAGAAAAUGGUCGAUAAGCAACUACUUCAAAGGACGUCAUUCAGGGGAUGUAAAGCCCCAUAGGUCCAAAAGCUGAACUUCUCAAUUUAGUGCCUGGACUUAUGAUUAUUGAAUCUGUAAGUCUGUUAGACUUGCCAGAAUUUUUUUUUCAUGCAUUUGCCUAAUUUGGCACCAAAACAUAUCAAUAGUUCUCAAUAUGUUCUUUAUGAUGUCUCAUUCUUUCUUGUUCUUUUUGAAUUUCAUUUUGACAAGUACAGAAAGUUGUGUAUUUACACAAUCUAAAGGAAUCUUAAUGUUAUCAUGUGGUCACUUUCCAAAGUCUGGACUUUGAAAGUUAUUAUGAAUUUAUGGGGAAAAAAUAGAAGUCCUGGACUUGAGGCAGAAAAAAAUGGAUCGCUUGUAAAUUAUUUUUUUAAAAUGUCACGAUAAGAACCUUAAAACAUUGUGAUGGCUGCACUUCAUUUUUACUGAUAUUGUAAGCCACUCCUGUUCAGCCCUCUCGCUACAGAAGGGGAUGAAAAUGGCAGCAAGCAAACAAGUAGAUUAUAGAUUAUCAGUUUUAGCAGACAGCUGAAUGAAUAAAGCAGAGCUGGGGUCUUUUAAGAGUUGCUGUUCUUUGAAUAAUCUUUAGCUAUCCAGCAAAAGAAUUGCACACUAGCUGAACUCCCACUGUAAUUCCCUUCUGAAGCCGCUAAUUACUUUGGAAAUAGAUGUAGAUGAACAAAAAGCUUAGUUUUGUAUCUUUUUAAAGGGCAUUAAAGAUUGAGCAUUUUUUCUGAUUUUCCUGUAAACUGAACUAAUGCUUGCUUGUUAUAGUUUAUUUCAAAUGCUUUGUUUCGACCCUUAUUUGGAGUUGAAAGCCUCCUUGCUUCCUCUUACAUAUCCAUUACUUUUAAAAAAAAAAGUAAAGGUGGUUUUGUACUCAAGAUGAGAAAUUUCAGUGCUAGUAAAUUGAAGAUUUUCCAGAUAAGUUUGCAACCACCCCGUGUCAGCAUAAAACACUCUGGGCAGAUAUCACAUGAAUAAGAUGCACUGUAAAAGUUCCUGCAUUGUUCCCUGAUUGUGUGAAUGAACCUCAGCCUCAGGGAAUGUUCCUCUCCUCUACAGGUUGCAUUUGCAUUUCUUAAACCAACCACACAGUAGAACCACCAAACAUAAUUGUGGCCAGUAUUGUGCUCUGACUCAUAUCCACUUGGCACUAAAUUGCAACUGGCCAAAAUUUACAGCUGGAUUUGCAGCUGAACACAAGCCCAGAAAUACAAGUGUAAUGUUCAACUUACUGCACAACCGAGUCCUAUAUAUAGAUUUUAAUAUAAAUGGGAUGAUUGUAUACCUAGACAAGUAGAGUGGUUCUCCCAAGAUACUUUAAGAUUUAGCCUGCAUAAUUUUAUAUUCACCAUUUUGCACUGGAAUAAAAUAAUCUGAAACAAGCACAAUCCAGCUGACAAACCGGUCAAUAACACUAAAUUUCAUGUUAAUGAUACAUAAAGCACUACAAGUGGACAGAGUAAAUAUGCCUGUCAUCAAAAUAUGAUGCAAGUGUAAUCAUUGGGAGGAAACCACUAGAAAGGCAUUAAGGAGCAUUCGACAGCCCAGGAUUUUUACUUGGUUUACAGAUUUUUUUGAAUACUCCCAGUCCCCCUUCAAUCUUCAUCCCUCCUCUUAAGCUGAUGAUUUGUUGGGAUGUGGUCAGAGGAGUGGGCUGUCCUUUGAUAUCUCACGCAAGGUGCCUUUAUUUCCAUUUGAAUGGAGAAAGUGAGCAUUGACAAACUAUUAAAAUAUUGAGGACGUGAGAGCCAUGCACAAUCCCAUCAUUUGUACAAACCCACUUUGUAGCAGGAGUCACUCCAUCGCAAUUAAGAAUGGGACCCUGGCUGAUUUGCCCUAUCCCAACGGAAAUCCAGUAAUACUCAAUACAAUCUAAAAAUUAAAUAUAGGAUCAUCCAGCCCGUAAUGGUACAGUUACAGCCUGCCUUUGCCAACAGCUGUCAUGGGAGCGUUUUAUAUCUUUUAGUUUUUAAAAGCCCUUUUGAAACAACGGCACCAAAACUAACCUUACAAAUUGGUGCGUUUAAAAUUGGCAACCACUAGAAGACGAUCACCAGCCACCACACCACCUCAACCCACUCUGUCUGUCUUUUACUCUUGGGCAUAAUGGAGCUUUAUAUUAGUGACAUUCAUGUCUCCACUCUGCAUGCUACUCAAAGUCUGUUUUCUCCACCUGUUGUUUGUUAGCUCCCAUACCUAGCAAAAUCUUCCACAAAUGAACUCCAGUUCAGUCCAUUCUGGUAGUGCAAGAACUAGAUGGCAGCCAAUACAUAUACAGAUAGGAAGCCAUUAAGAGUUGAUUCCUCACAGUGUGAACCAAUACGAGAAGACUGAUCUGGAACAGACUUGUGUUUUAACCUCGAGCAGAAAGUGACAGAAGAUAGAAGUCAUCAACCACUUGAUGCAGUAGAAACAUGAUGUCUAAUGUGCUUAAAAAUAAUAAUUCUGUAAACUUUGUUUACAACCACUUUUGUGUGAAGUGUACAAAAAUGUAACAUACUAGAAAAGGUGGCCCAGGGGUCACAGGCUGUUGUUUUUAUGUGCCUACCUGAUUUUUAGCUUGGCUACAUAGGAAGGUGAAAAUUGAAGAGAAUCAGGCUGGGCUACUGUCACUUUUUCCCCAGUUAUCUAUUGGAGAUAAAUACUUGCAGAAGCCUGGAGCUGCUCACUGUUUACCCUCUCUGUUAUGGGAUGAUGUAUGAAAGGAAAAGCAACAAAUUAUUGUUAAAAGUGCACAAUAUUCAUUCUCCAUGUUGUCAUAAAUUGUGGAAUAACAAGAUGUAAUAAUGAACAAAAGUUUACAAAGAGUCAAUGACUGGACACCCCUUCCUUAAUCCUGGGUGAUUAGCUCUUCAGCCAGGUCAGGUAAUGAAGACAUUUCUUUUGUGUCUGUCAUUUGUAAAAGACAUAGGGCCUCCCCAGUGACACAAAAAAUAUUAUCCAGUGAAUAGCUGAACCUUGAGAUUCAAUCUCUGGUCUAUGUUGAAUUAGCCAAUACUGACUGGGUACUAUAGUUCUGUCAGUGCCAUUGAGUUAGGGAGGGAAAGGUUGAUUGGGAUAUCUGCAUCUGGUCAUUAUCUACCAAUACUUGCUCAAAAAGUGAGGGUGUGGGCAAACAAGAUUGAGUUUGGCUGUGGUGCCCUUCAUCAAUAAAUAACCUAAAGGGUCAACUUGGGCUUGUGAAACUGGAACUUAAGUCAGUGUCUUCAGAAGGAGUGGUACAAAGUUACUGAAAGAGUGCGAAGAAUAAUCUGGGCAUUUGUUACUAUCACAAGUUAAAUUAUAUUCAAGAGAAUCCUUGGAAACAUCUAUAACUUGGUAGAAUUGACUGAGGGUGAGGCGAUUAGUACAUCAAAUUCUGAACAUUCAGUAAGCUGAUAAUUCAUCAAUCCUACCAUCUGAUUUAGCCUGGGGCUCAGCCUCUACUUUCCCAGGACAAUGUUGGCUAUUUCCUAUUUUAAAAAAAAUAGUUGUAGUCAGCUAAGACAAUUGUCUUGACGCUGAGAGUUAUGCUCAAGUAUUUACUGAGGCAGAGUGGUUUAUUUUCUUACACUGAACCAAUAUACUGAAGUUAACUCUAUUUAUAAUUUUCUAUGUUCCUUUUCCUUGCUGCACAAGUGUUUUUUUAAAGAAA